AUUUUGACUGUUUUGACUUUCCGUUGUAUUUACAUAUGACGUAACCAAGAUGGCGUCGGUUGUUUAGCCAGUUAGCUUAAUACAGUCAGCAGGAGGAUGUUUUCCCCACAAACCGUCAGACUGUCGCCUUGCUAACCGGGGAGCUAACCGGUCAGUCAGAGUCAUGUCGGAGGUGGAGGAGCUGCGGCCCGUCCCCCGGGAGAGAGCCAUCCUGGAGAGCUUCUUCACUCAGCUCGGCAUGUUCACCUUCGACCGGGCCAAGGACUACGUGGAGAAGGAGAAGGACAGCAGCCGGAGCGCGGGGCCGUCCUGGGCCGCGCUGCUGGCCGCGCUGGCUCACCUGGCCGCCGCGGAGAAGGCUUACCACCACAUGACAUUCCUGGGGCAGAAGAUGGGGGGUCAGUCCUUCUUCAGCCGCAAAGACUCCAUCCGCACCAUCUACACCUCUCUCUACAACGAGCUGAGGAAGGUGAUGUCGAUGGGGCGUCACAGCCAGCCGGGCUCCGCCUCCUACCUGGAGGACCUGCUGUCUCACCUCUCGGAGCAGCUCUGCCACUUCACGCAGGCCCGCAUGGAGAUGGCCGACCUCUACGAGAAGAUGCACUCGCUGGGCAGCCAGAAGAGCAUCAACUCGGAGGAGCUGGUCACUACGCUGGAGGCCGUCCUGCACAAAUACAGCACCAAGUUCCACCACCCGAUCCUCGGUCGCGUGGAGGAGGGCUUCCAGACCGAGGUGGACGUCGUGAACCAGCUCCUGCGCUGCCAGGCUCAGAUCUCAGAGUGGCACUUCCUGCCGUCUCUGCUCAGCCUGCACGGCGCCAACUCCAAGCUCACGGCCUGGGGUCAGCUGUUCCAGAGGCAGAAAGAAACCCGCAAACACCUCUUUGGAAGUCAGUCCCAGAAGGCCGUGCAGCCGCCGCACCUCUACACGUGGCUGCAGCGCUUCCAGGCGGCGCUCCUCGCCAAGUUCAGCUUCUACUUCCACGAAGCCCUGAGCCGGCAGACGGCGCCCGCUGACAUGAGAGCCCUGACCGCCCGCACCACGCUGGACUACCACGGCAAGAUCUGCUCCUUCAUCCGCAAACACGACGCCAGCAACGUGUCUCUGGUUUUUGAUAACCGUGGUUUGGAGAGCUUUCAGGGACACGGCUACCACCACCCGCACUCCUACAGGGAGGCACCCAAGGGCGUGGAGCAGUUCCCCGCCGUGGUGUCGCUGCCGUCAGGAGAGCGGCCCCUCACUCACUGGCCCAACGUCAUCAUGAUGAUGGGAGACCGCGCCGCCGAGCUCAACACUCUGGACAAGGUGGUCCACUUCUACGACGAUAAAGUCCAGAGCACGUACUACCUGACGAGACCCGAGCCGCACUUCACUCUGGUGGUCAUCUUUGAUGGCAGGAAGUCUGAGAAGGAUCUGCACAUCGCCGCCUUCCUGCAGGAGAUCUCCAGCUCUCUGAGGAACUCUAAACCCUUCAGCACCCUCAAACCGGGCUCCAAGGGCUGACACAGAAACCGGGUGCUCUCAGAUUUCUCUCAGAUUAAUAAUCUCAUCAGAUUUUAUUCUAAUCUCUUCCUGUGGUCCAAGCAGCAGCUCUUUAUGUUUGAAUCUAACUGUUCCCUCGUUCCAGACCAAAGACACGCACACUUUAACUUCCUCUGUGAACUCGCUGCUGCUGCUUUAAGCUUUCUUUAUUUCAAAGGAUCAAACAUUUUAAUUGUUUUGCUUUAAUAAAUGUUUUAACGUGUUUCCUUUCUUUUUUUAAUCCACAGCUUGAAUCACUGAGACGUUUAAAUAAAGCUUUGAGAUGAUUCAA